GGGGAUAGUAUACUUGGUUCUGGAAAAUAGAUGCCAAACAGUGAGGGGAAUGGUUUACCCAGAAGGAAAGGUUCGUAAAAUAAAAUGGAGGUUCUAUGCGGAAAGGUUUUGGAAAUGGUAAAGGAAGGGGAAUAGUCCAGGGCUACCAGAUGUCAGAUGCUUGUAUAGCAGGGGAAACACCUUUCAUACACCUCAAUGCAGACAUCCUGUUAGCUGUCCAUCUACACACCAACCCGUGUCUCUGAGUCAUCACUUCAUUCACUUGUCACUUUCACAUCCCAACCUCAAAACACACUUCAUGCUCUCGCUGGGGAAAAGAAAUCUGUUAAUAAGAGGUAUCUGGCAUGAAGCAGGAAUUGGCUAAAGAAAGGGCAUGGCAAGAUUAUGAAGCAUUCGCUGUGGGAGUUUGCAGGUUGCUAUGGGAAUCUUAUGAUAAUCUGAGAGGAAGUAAGUCUUGGUAACAUUGCAGCUACUCAUGAUGUGCCUGAAGUGAAGAGGAAGGGAAACACUUAACAUAUCCGAGUGCCAAGGCUCUGCUGUGUUAUGGCUACGGACUCUGGUGAAUCAGCCAGCACAGAGGAAUCAGAGAAACCUGAUGGAGUUUCUUUGGAAUGUGGGGACUCUUCUGUUGAUGCUGCUUUGACCAUGGAAGCCAGGACCAAAGAGGGUGUCAACACACCUGCCCCUGGGGCAACUACAGAGAGGAAACGGUUUUUCCGAAAAAGCGUGGAGAUCAUGGAGGAUGACAAGGUCUUGGAACCCACUCCAAGGGAUGAACAGGAGCAGUUUGUAGUGAGUGGUCAGAGGAUGGGCCAUCUUUCUACUAGCACUCUGGUGGUAGGGCAGGAGCCCCGAAAUGAGCAUGGCUCAAAGGUGAAUUCGGAAGCUUCAAAGGAAAGGACCAAGAAAGAGAUAGAGGAGGAGGCAGAGAUGAAGGCUGUGGCUACAUCGCCAGGUGGAAGGUUUUUGAAGUUUGACAUUGAGCUGGGGAGAGGGGCCUUCAAAACUGUCUUCAAAGGUCUGGACACUGAAACCUGGGUAGAAGUCGCUUGGUGUGAACUGCAGGACAGGAAGCUGACCAAAGCAGAACAGCAGAGGUUUAAAGAAGAAGCAGAGAUGCUCAAGGGGCUUCAGCAUCCCAACAUUGUUCGAUUUUAUGAUUCUUGGGAAUCAACGGUUAAAGGGAAAAAGUGCAUUGUAUUGGUAACUGAGUUGAUGACAUCUGGCACUCUGAAGACAUACCUAAAGCGUUUCAAAGUCAUGAAGCCAAAGGUCUUAAGGAGUUGGUGCCGGCAGAUCUUAAAAGGGCUGCAGUUCUUGCAUACAAGAACCCCUCCUAUCAUCCACCGGGAUCUGAAAUGCGACAACAUCUUCAUCACAGGACCCACUGGUUCAGUCAAGAUCGGAGACCUAGGACUGGCCACAUUAAUGCGCACGUCGUUCGCUAAGAGUGUCAUUGGAACUCCUGAAUUCAUGGCUCCUGAGAUGUAUGAAGAACAUUAUGAUGAGUCUGUAGAUGUCUAUGCUUUUGGAAUGUGCAUGCUGGAAAUGGCAACCUCUGAAUAUCCUUACUCUGAAUGCCAGAAUGCGGCUCAAAUCUACCGAAAAGUAACCAGUGGCAUUAAACCUGCCAGUUUUAAUAAGGUGACUGACCCAGAGGUGAAAGAGAUCAUUGAAGGCUGCAUUCGGCAAAACAAGUCUGAAAGGCUCUCAAUCAAAGACCUCUUGAACCAUGCCUUCUUUGCUGAGGAUACUGGACUCCGAGUGGAACUGGCUGAGGAUGAUGAUGGGCUGAAUUCUUCUUUGGCUUUGAGACUUUGGGUAGAAGAUCCCAAGAAACUGAAAGGCAAGCACAAAGACAAUGAAGCCAUCGAAUUCAGUUUCAACCUUGAAACAGAUGUCCCAGAGGAAGUGGCCUGUGAAAUGGUGAAGUCGGGAUUCUUUCACGAAAGUGAUUCUAAAGCUGUGGCUAAAUCCAUCCGGGAUCGUGUUACCCUGAUCAAGAAGACACGGGACCGGAGGCAAGUGGGCUACCUGGAGGAAAGGAGGGACUCUCAAAAUAAGUUACCAAGUGGGCUUCCACUACUCCAGCCACAAGGUUCAUCGCUCACCACUCCUUCCCAGCCGAGUAGGACUGAGUGUGAGGAAACUGAGGUUGAUCAGCAUGUCCGGCAGCAAAUCUUUCAACAAAUGCAACACAGCUCCUCACUCACUGCUGAUAGUUUGUCUGAGAGAGGAACAGGAUCAGUUAUAUUGUCAGAUGCCUCCAGCCAGCAUAGCCUGGCUUUCUCGGAACAGAUGAUGGGCACCCAGCAAGUCUCCAACCUCUCACAAGCUGAAAACAGUGUUCAAGGGCAAAUCUACACUUCAAAGCAGCUGGUGGGGCAUUACCAGUCAGUAGCAGGGGUGCAACAGCAGCCAACUAAUGUAUCCCACCCCAAUGUCUUACCAUUGGCCCAGAGUCAGCCUUCAGCUCUGCCUACCCACAAUUUGGCACCCCCUCCAGCUCCCCAAACCCAGGUUUCCCCUGUUGCAGUUCAGCAGUUCACGCCAAGGAUGCUUCCAGAUCCACAGUUAUCCUAUGUUGCAGAAGGGCAGGCUUUGGAUGGAUCCAUCAUGGGAGUCCCUCAGCAGAUCUUGACAGCCACUUCCCCUCAGACUAUUCCUACUCCACAGAUGGUGAACCAGAAUUUACAAGCUAGCAUACUGUUGGACUCUGCUGCUAGAGUUGGUAAUCAAACCUCAACUGCUGCAGGAUCAAUGGAAAUGGAGCACACUUCUGCAAGUUUUGUGCCUGUUAGUCACUCACCAGUGCAGGGGCAGCCUUCAGUUCAGUUUGUCAACAACAUAGCACAGGGCCUUCCUAGCUCAUCAGCUUUGCAGUCAGUUGCACAAGGAGUUGCGUCCAUGCAACAGCCCCAGCAAGUUCCCCAGCAGGUUCCAUCUACACAGCAGCCCCAGCAAAUGCCGCAGCAGCUGGUGCCCAUGCAGCAGCCCCAGCAAAUGCCCCAGCAAAUGUCCCAGCAGGCGGUGCCCAUGCAGCAGCCCCAGCAAAUUCCAUCUACACAGCACCCCCAGCAAGUGUCACCCAUGCCGCAGCUGCAGCAAGUUCCCCAGCAGGCAGUGCCCACACAGCAAGCCCAGCAAACUUCCCAACAGGCAGCAUCCACACAGCAGUCUCAGCAGGUUCUGCAGCAGGUGACAUCCACGCCGCAGCAGCAGCAGCAGCAAAUGGCAUCCACACAGCAGCCCCAGCAAAUUUUACAUCAGGUGGCAUCUAUGCAGCAGCCUCAGCAGGUGGCAUCCUUGCAGCAGCCCCAGCGAGUUCCCCAGCAGAUGGUUUCCCUGCAGCAACCCCAGCAAGUGGCGUCCCCUCAGCCGUUGACAACUACACAGCAGCCCCAGCAAAUUGCUCAACAGGCUCCCCAGCAAUUUCCCCAGCAGGUGGCAUCUACACAGCAAUUCCCCCAGCAAGUGGUGUCUACGCAUCAGAUGGGCUCCCCACAGCAGGUUCCCCAGCAACUGGUGUCUGUGAAGCAGCCCCAGCAGAUUCCGCUGCAGGUGACAGGCAUGCAACAACUCCAGCAUAUUCCCCAGCAAGUGGCAUCCGUUCCACAGCUUCAGCAGGUACCAGUCAUGCAGCAGUCUCAGCAAGCUCCCCAGCAAGUGGACUCCAUCCAGCAGUCUCCACAAGUUGCCCAGCAAGUUAGUUCCUUUCAACAGCCUCAGCAGGUGGGUUCGGUCCAGCAGCCUCAGCAGGUUGUGUCUGUGCAUCAGAUCUCUGCCAUGCCGCAACAGAUUGCAGCCAUGCAGCAAAGCCAGCAGUAUCCAGGAAUGCCCCUAGAUACUUUGGUGCAGCCUUCCCUGUCCCACCAAGAGCAGCAGGCUGUUCAGAUGCACCAGUCCUCAGAUCCUUGUCUAAUGCAACAGAUGUUAUACCAUCUGCCUCUGCAGCAACAGAAGCAGGAGCAAUUUGUUCUGCAUGCCAGCUCCACAGAGCAGGUGCCUGCUGCCACUCAGCAGGAUGUGGAAAAGCAGCAGCAGGCUGAGCUCUCAGGUUCAACACCAGAACAAGUGACUUAUCCCAUGCAGACCCAGUACCAAGUGCAGGCCCAAGAACAAUUCGUGUAUCCAACACAGCUCCCACACCAGCUACAAGCUUCAGAGCAGACAGCAAACCAAGCACAGCCAACAAACCAGCUGCAGGCCUCAGAGCAAGCAGCACAUCCGCUGCAUGUUCCUUACAAAGUGCAGGGCCCAGAUCAGUUUCCCUGUCCAGAGCUGGUUUAUGCGGUUCCUGGGGUCUACCCAGGACAGCCCUUAGACCAAUCAACAUAUCCAGUGCAGCCUUUUUACCAAGGGCAGGCAACAUACCUAACCCAACCGCCACCAUAUCUUGCUCAGCCUCCAGAGGUCCAGCAGGCUCAUUUAGCGGUACAGGUCACAGAUCAACCAAGUUUUACCAUGCACUCUCCUGAGCAAUCACCAUAUACGAUGCAGGAUGUUGGCACUGGUUGCAUGGAACAGCAGAUCUGUGUAGCCCAACCCAUGGAAGUCCAUGCUUAUUCCUCUGAGCAGCACCAGCCUGAGCCACCAACAUAUCUGAUCCAGCAAGAUUCUGCCAUAGGGCACCAGCAGCUGCAGCCGCCUCAUGUGGUGCACAGGAUUGCAGAAGGACAACAGCCAGGAUUGCAGGUCCCUUUUCUCCCAUCACAGCCAUCUCUCAUACCCCAGAUGCAGCCACAGCCUCCCUACCAGGAGUUCAGCCAGCAUCCUGUUCCUCCAUUGCAGGCUUCUGGCUCAGCUCAGCCCCUCAAAGCAACAAUUCCUCAGUCUGUCCCAACCACGUUACAGACUGUGUCUCCUGUGCCAGAACAACUAGAACAAACAUAUACCACACAACCACCAUCUGAAAUGUCAGGGCUCCUGCACGGUGCAAGUCUCCUCCAGCAGUCUCAAGCAUUUCAGCCAGCUGACAAUAACCAACCAUUUAUGCCUCCACCAGUGCAGCCAGCAUAUGUUCAACAGCAGCCGAUGUGUCCCGCAUCAGUGAUAGUAGCAGAGUCACUUGCCCAGGAGACACCUGUGGCAACAGCCCUGAACCAGCAAGCAUCACUUAAUGCAGUGACACAGCCACACCAACACCAUGUUCAAGGACAAGACACCCCACAGGUUUCCCUCUCUGCACCAGAGCAACAGCCAGCAGUUCAGAAGCAAGAUUCAGUUCAAGGCCUAAUUCCAGACCUAGCCACUCUGAAGGAAGGCACCAAUGGGGGUGACUUUCCAAGUGGAAAUGGCAAACAGGACAAGAGCAAGCAGAGGAGGGCUUCCUGUGCCCGAUCAGAGAAGGGAACCAAAUUUCAGCUCACUGUAUUGCAGGUGUCCACAUCAGGGGACAACACUGUGGAGUGUCAGCUUGAGACUCACAACAACAAGAUGGUCACAUUUAAAUUUGAUGUUGAUGGAGAUGCUCCAGAAGACAUUGCUGACUACAUGGUUGAAGAUAACUUUGUAUUGGAAAGUGAGAAGGAAAAAUUUGUUGAUGAACUGAAAGCUAUUGUUUGCCAGGCCCAGGACAUUAUCCGCAGCCUUCCUGUUGAAGAGCGAAUCUCUGGCACAGACUGUACAUCUGACCCAGCCAACAUCCAAACAGGAUCUUCUGAACAAGUUCAGAUAAACCCAGCAUCUACUCAAACUGGCAGUGAAUCCGCUCCACAGUCAUCCCCUGUUGGCCGCUGGAGAUUUUGCAUCAAUCAAACAAUAAGGAACCGAGACUCCCAAGCACCUUACACUCUUCUACAGUCAACUACAGCUGUCCAAGAGUGUCAGUUAACAGCAGGUGAACAUGUGACGGAUUCAUUAAAGGAGAACACCAAAGAUGACAGCCCCCAGGACUGUCCACAAGCUGUGGAAAAUCUUAGCAGCCAGCACAAGCCUAUCCCUUCUUCCAGCUCAAAUGAACUGAUAAAUGACAGUGUGGUCUCUGAACCCCAGACACUGGAAACUGAGCAGUCAGCUCUUCCUCACCAAGUGGAAGUCAGUUUGGAGAAAGUGCUACCUGUCUCUGAUGGUGACAAUACUGAUGUCACUGCCUGUGAUUCUGCCACGUGUCAGGAGUCCUUGGGGGCAGAGGAGACCCAGGCUGAUGGGACUCGUCUGUCUUCAUGUACACCAUGUCCAACAAUAGGCGUUGCUGAGCUGAAUGUGGCUACUGAGACCUUCAGAUCAACCCCCUGUCACAUACUGGCCACUGAAGAAGCCGAUAACUCCAUGAAUGCUGAGCAGGCCAGUAUUUUGGCUCAGACCCCAGGCCAGGAAGGCAUGCCCCUCCUAUCCACUUUGGAAUCAGACAGUGAGGGCCCCCCAAAAAUGGACUUUGUUGACAGCAAUAUCAAAACUCUGGAUGAGAAGCUGCGGACUCUUCUGUACCAGGAACACAGCUUGUCAGGCACCUCCCCUGAGAGCCAGAAAGACCUACAAAGUGCAGUGGAGUCUCCAUUCUCCUCCUCUGCUGAAGACACUCUCCCGGGCCCAAUACCUGAGGCACCAGACACUAACUCCCCCAGGGAGGCCCAGGAAAGCCCCACCAGCCCCACUGAGCCUUCAGAUCCCCAGACGAUGCUUAUGCCACCUGCAAGUCAUCCUGAGACUUUGCCAAUACUGAGGAGAGAACCCAGUCUUAUCACCUCUGCCCCCAGUGAUCUCUGCAUGCAUGAGAUGUCCCCAGAGACUUCAUUUCCUGAGAACCCUGUGGCCUGUCCCGCUUCAGCAUCAACUGGUGGAGCUGUGCACCUGCAUGCAGGAGGUGGAUAUUUUGGCCUAAGCUUUACUUGCCCUAGUCUCAAAAACCCUAUUAGCAAGAAAUCCUGGACUCGCAAAUUAAAAAGCUGGGCAUACAGGCUACGGCAGACCAGCUUUUUCAAGAGAUCAAAAGUCCGGCAAGAAGAGAUGAUGGGUGAAGUGGCUCCUGAUUGGAUUUCUCUCUCUGAGCAAGCAACAGUGGAGAAUAAAGUACCAGGUCAAUCUAAACCUGUGGCCGGAUCAUUCCAGCGAGGCCGAUUUCAGGUCAUCACGGUGCCACAGCAACUGACUUUGUGUGGCUCAGAAAGUGAACUCUGUGAGAAGCCUCCUUCCUCUGAGCUGGGGCCAGAAGAAGUGGCUCCCACACCAGGAGAAAUUGUUGUGUUGGCCAGUGCCAUGGGUGAAACAGAUGCAUCCUCCACCCCCCCUGAGCAGCGGGAGCUAGAGGAAACCUCUGCUACUGCUAGUAGCAUGCAGUCUGGCUCAGAGCCCUGGGCCAAAAGCAGUGUGGUGCGGAAGCAACCUAGUUCUGACAGCGAACUUUCUGCCCCUAUGGGUGGUAGCCUGGAGGGCUGGGAACGAAGCCAGCAGCCACAGGAAGAGCAGGGUGGCACCCACACAAAGAGGCGCAGCUCGCUCUUUUACUCUCCGUCUUCUCCGAUGAGCAGCGAUGAUGAAUCAGAGAUUGAAGAUGAGGACCUGAAGGUGGAGCUGCAGCGUUUGCGGGAGAAGCACAUUCAGGAAGUAGUGAGCCUUCAGGCUCAACAGAACAGAGAGUUGCAGGAAUUGUAUGAACGGCUCCGCUCAAUCAAAGACAGCAGGUCGGAAUCCUCUGAAGUAUCUCUGCAACUGUCCUCUCCACGCCGCCCCAAGUCUUUCAAAAGCAAGCUGCGCAGCAGGCCACAGUCUCUCUCGCAUGCUGACAAUGGCAUUGUUGCUGCUGAAUGCUGUUGCGCUACAACUGCUGCCUCUGUAAUAGAUUAUCAGCUGAGCAUUCAGGCCCAUUUACUGCACCAAAGCUGUUCACAAGCAGAGUCUAACCAAGACCAGCUCUGCAUUGUCAGCACUACAUCUUGCCAGCAGUCUCCAGCCAGUAAGAAAGGGAUGUUCACAGAUGACUUGCACAAACUGGUGGAUGACUGGACAAAAGAAAAGGUGGGGAACUCUCUUAUCAAGCCGAGCCUCAACCAGAUCAAACAGAACAAGCACCGGCUGGACACUGACAGCUGGAGCAAAGUAUAUGAGACAACGACGACAUCUACAGUGGGUUACACAUCUACGUGGAUUUCCUCGCUUUCCCAGAUCCAUGGGACUGUACCAGCUGCUUUGCCCCAAGGACUUCCCCUCUCGCCCUUUUCUGGAACACUGACGCCCUACGGAGUGCCCCAUGUCUGCCAGUACAACACCAUGGCGGGGACAGCUUACCCAGUGCAAUGGGUGGGCGUUUCUGGGACAGCCCAGCAGUCUGUUGUUGUCCCUACUCAGCCUGUGGGACCUUUUCAGCCAGGGAUAAGCAUGCCAGCCUUUCCAGCAUCACCUGUGCAAAACCCAUCUCCCAUCCCCCCUGGUCCCAAAUGAAGGCGGAUGGCUAAAGGAGGAUAGAUAUGGGGACUGUGCCUAUAACUCAUGAUUCCAUUCCUCUGCCUUGCAUUCUGCGGCCUGGAUUUUGGGGUGAAUUCCCCAGUGCAGUGACGUGAUGGGAGUAGUGGGAGACUGCCUUUGCACUCUCCUCUUUGAAUACUUGAUUUAAUUUUCUUUGGGGGGGAUUUUUUUAAGUACUUGAGAGAGCCUUGGCCUGUGCAUCUCAUCGUUCUGGAGAUGGAAAACAUGCCCAUGUGCUGCUUAGUAAUGAGCCUUUCCUGUCAUUCUUGCCCUGGCCCCUUCCUUCCCUCUGUUUCUAUGGUUUUUGAGGUUGAAUCAAAAUCUUAAAUCAUACACAUACUGGUGUCUGAGUUGAUGUAUUGAAGAGGAGGGAGCAGCAGUGAAGUGUAAUGCCUCAGAUUCUCCUUAAAUGUAUGUUUCUGUCUGGUUUUGUUGGCAGCUCAGGAUAGCUGGGGUAAAAACUGGCUUGAUUUUUAAGUUGAGCAGUUGUCACGGAACCCUGACUUGAACCCUGACUUAAACCCUGCCCAAGUGAUAGACCUCUUAGAGAGUGGGGAACUAAUAUAAGGGUGAGACAUAUGAUUGCCACCAGUUUGUUCAUUUUGUAAGGCCUGUAGUUGUUCCUGAGCAAUUCAGUACAGCUGUUUAUAUAAUGGCAGCUAAAUCCUUAUACGCACACUGCAUUCUAUAGAUGCAUUUGUGUUGUUGGCCUGAUUUUUGUAUUUGAGUUUUGGGGUUGUGGCUUUUUAAAAACUUUAUUUUGCAGCUGACACAAACCUUUUAUUGUGAAGAGGGUGGGGACAGAGUGGGAAAUGUCUAGGGAGCUUUUUAAAAACCGGUCCUUUCUCCCAUUCGCACCUCAUUUGUAAUCCAUACUUGACAUUUUUUUUAAUGGGCUGAAAAUUAUGCAUGGAAACAGGGUCAUGUGCACGUAGCUUUGCAUUUAGUGGACUGCCUUACUAUGACAGGGGCUCCUAGUUUAAUUAACAGUGUUAUCUCUUGCAGCAUAAAAUGUGUACGUGGUUGCUGAGCUUGAUCACUUACUACCAAGAUUAAGCAGUCAAUCUUUUCAGUGAGCUUUUGCCAAUUUAAAUAAGCUCUGCAAGCAUGUAUGGUGGCAAAAAAAGUAGUGCUGGGUUCCUUGUGGCAGACAUUCUGGUUGUUGUUUUUAGCCAUAUCUAACCUAAAGAGGAAAACAUAUUAGUUCAAAAACCCUAGAGAUUGGCAUCUGCUGUGUACAACUUACAUGCAAGGCCACUGCUUCCUGGAGUGUUAGACCCUAUGCAGCUCUUUAAUUUUAUAAACUGCAUAUUGACUGUCCCACAAGGACUAUGCUUGUGAGUUCCUUUUGACAGAUUAGUUUAAUUUGAUGGUACCACAUUGGCUUAGUUGGGGCAUAGACUAGGAAGGUGGUGUUAAUUUGCUGGAGGUGGUCUAUGGAGACUGUGGCGGUGGUCUUAAUUAAUAUUCUGCUGUUCUUCGCUUCCUUAUGUAGAGUUUAGCUCCCCCCACCUCCCGGUGGAGCCUUUUGUGUAUCCAGAGGUUUGCUUCCCUUGGACCCUAGAGUCUUUGAAACAUAUGCUGACACAUACCUGGACUUGCUUCUUCUCUUCACAUAACUGGAUAGAGAAUUGCAAAGCUCAGUAGUAUUUUACAAACUGACAGAGUUAUAUCUUUUUGUCUCUGGUAUGGUGUGAGAGAUUUGCAAUGUUGCUGAACACUGAAGCUGACUUGCUUUGCUGAGGAAUUUUGAAGUAGAGGAAGGUUGCAUCUCUCCGGUGCAGCUGAGACAAAGUAUAUGGAUUUCAACUGACCAUGUCUCAUUUAAAACAAUGGGAUUUAAUAAUUUUAAAUCAAAGUACUUUGAUUUAAUGCUAGAGUGGACAAUCUGUAAUAUUUUUCAUUUUUGAUGUAGUUGGGGGAGACAAGCCACUUGAGAACCUAGCCUCUUAAAGUUGCAUUUGGAAUUUAAGUGAAUCCAAGAGUACCUAUGUGUUUUGCAAUUAUCUUUCGUCUCCUUCCCACCUCUGGACAAAAGACCCUGUUUCCUGUGCAUAAUACAGCCUCCUUGUUCUGCCUGCAAAGAUUUGCAGUGCCUUGUGAUAGAUAAUCUUUAGCAUCUUUUCAGAUUUUUACUGAAAAGGUGGGAAAAGUAGUUGUAGUCUUCUGAAGUUUGAUGAUGUUUGAACAGUGCAUUGCUGCACUUCCUAUAAGCAGCAGUGAAGUUAUAUAUACCUGGGGUGGGGGAAUUUCAGUUUAAAGAAAUGAGGGGAGAGCACUGUUCUCUCUUCUCUCUCUCCCUCUCCAAAACAGUAACACUUCUUUAAUUUUUUUAUUUGGUCUUGUUUCCAUCUCUUUUAAAACAGGCACUUUCACUGCAAAUAAAUGUUUUCUGCUUGAGAAAGGACUAGCAGAACUCACAGAAAAGCAUGGGAUUUUGUGCUGUAUUUGAAAUAUGUUGCCAAGUUAGAAGAUUUGAAAUUCCUGAACACAAACCAUUAGAAAAUGUCACUGAGGGCCAUUUCACAUUUUCUGUGGCAAGCCUGUGUGCCAUGAUGUGGCACAUCGGUGUUUCGGUAGCAGGUACAUAAAGUGUGAAUGACAGGCACCUCUCCUUCAGCCACAGUGUGCUGUAAACAUGUUGAAGAGCUAUGGCCCAAUCGAGGCUCCCAGGAACAUGGACAUAGUUCAGGAUCUGUGUCUGUCAUUCACACUUCAUAUAUUUGCUGUGGGAAAUGCUGGUGUAUCUAUGGCAAAUAGAUGCACCAGAUUUGCUCCACAAAGUGUCAAGUGUCCCUUAAUGUCAAAGGCAAACUAGAUGUGACAGGACAGACUCGUGUGAGAACUGGGUUGCUGCUAAUUUCCUUUGAGGGGAUCAUUUAAAGUCCAGCACAGGCAGGCCAGGAGGGGGGAUACUGAACCUAUACUUCAUCCUCCCCACAAAAGCUUCUUUUCAGCUUUUUUUCUCCUGAUUAAAUUUUUGAUGGAAGUAAUCCCACUGAGGAGAAAUAGGUGGAGUGGGAUGAGGGAAGGAGGAAUACAGAUGAGUGGGGGAGGCUUCAGAUUCAACCCCUCUCCUCUCACCUUAUUGGAUAUUGGCAUGACCCAUAUUCUAACAUUCUAGUUUUGCCCCUCAGUUGAGAAUAGCAGAGCAGAACAGAGCAGAUCUCUGUGUUAACUUUUUUUCCUUUUGGAUAUUAUCAGAAUUGCAGAAAGAUGAGACUUGAUUUUGAGGGGAGGGGGAGGAGACACAGGGAUUCUGUUGUUGGCAGCAACAAUUGUGCAUCCUCAUAACUUCUAGCUCCUGCCUUAUAUGGCCAAAGACCAUAGGGUAGUUUGUAAGAGAGUUGAAGAUAGUGUGGUAGAGCCAUCAUAGCCUUUGCUGUGCAUGCUCAUUUUAAUGCAGGACAGAACAAAUGAGCAAUGGGUUGUUGGCUUCACAGGUUUCUGGAAGGUUACCAAAGUCUAUUUGGCCAUGGAUGAUAUGAAGGAACAGGAAAAAAUCAUGCACAUUAUGGGCUAUGAGGCUUUUAUCAUACCACCUUCAAAUUUCUGGGGUAAUAAUAAUUUAAAAAACCCUAUGAUCUUUCUUCAGCCUGUGUCACAAUAUACUCCCAACUCUGAAGCUGUAAAGGCCUGAGUUGACACAGUCUAGAAAAUUAAGAGAGGCACUGACUUGUACAUUUGACAAAGGAGGAAAAAUAUUUGGUAUGACUGUAUUGGUUUUGAAUCUCUGUAUUUAAUGUCAAACAUCUCGAUCUUUCCCUUCCUUCUCCUUGAAGUUUUGUUUUUCUUUUAGACAUGAAUCCUGACAAGGAAUCAAAUGUGAAUUUAGUUUGGGGGUGUUUUUAAAGGCACUUUUCUGCUGUGAUGCUUGAGAAUAAGCCUGUAUGAAAUGAAUGGAAUGUAUCAUUUUAAUAAUGGGGGUGUAUUUUUCCAUUGUAUUCCAGUUGAGUUUUUCCAUGUUACCUUUAAAGUUUUAUUUUCUUAUCUACCUCAUUUGUUAGUGCUGUUUAAAUCUAGGCUGUGACCUAAAGAACCUGUUCUACUGUUUUUAUUUCCUGUAUUAUUCUUACAGUCUAUUUUAAAAUCUGAGCUGGUAUCUUAAUACAUACAUACCUUUCCCCCACUUGCAGUUUGACAUGAGCAGUUCAGAUUCUAUUUAUUGUUUUAAAGAGGAUGUUUAACUUUCACAAGGAAGACUUGUCACCUUGCAUUUAACCUAUAGCAACAGAUGAAUGAAAAGAACAAAUGCACAUUUGUUUCUAGUGUAUGUUGCAACUGGUUGAGGAAGCUUAGUGAAGUGACCCAUUGCCUCAUUAGUCUUCCAUUUGGCAAUGAACCUGACAUACAUGGGAAAAACAAGUCUGAAAACCUUGCUUUGUUUAGGAAGGAAUUCUUCUUGUGUAUUUGCAUUGAGUUAUUGCUGACAAUUAAUCUACUGAGAGUGGUGCCAACAUAACACUCCCAGCCUCUUGUGGCGGAGGGCUCAGCGGCAGGACACAGGGUUGCACUCUUCCUACCUCCAGCCCACGACAUCACUUGCACACAUUGCCCCCCUUCUGCCCUCUCCCUUGGCUGACCUUAUCCACUGUUACAACUUAUUUCAGCGCCAAUCUCAACCAGGCUUAAUGCUAAAAUGACAUUUGCUUUUUCCUGUGCCAACCUUAGCUUUAACCAUGGUUAAAAUUGAUGUGGGGAAUGCAUGUAAGACAGGGAAGGGAGCACACAGUCCCAUAGUCUGACACCAUCACCAGAUUUUAAAAAUCAAGAGCAUUACACUGACACAGGCAUGAGGCCUUCUGUUGCAUUUACCUCAACACAAUGAUACAUUCCUGGUUGUGCUCAAUUCAGAACUCCAGCAACACAUUUGUAAGAGUUCUGUCACUUCUCUUUCUUUUUAAAAGACUCUGUUCUUCAUAAAUCUUUCUGGCAUUUAUAUUCCAGCCCACACCCAAAUAGAAAAGCACUAAUUAUGAGCUUUAUAGUAAUAUAGGUUCCCAGAACUAAAUCAAACUUCAAAUGUAAAGAGCUUUUUACAAGGGCCUGAUGCAAUUCAUACACUGUGAUUUUGCAGCCAGCUCCCUAUGAGCCUUAGAAUCAAACUGCAGCUAAGCCCCUAGCACAUCAUGCUUUUUUGGCUCUCAUCUUGUGUAAAGAUGAUCUUGACAUGGCCUUUUUGAAGUUAGUGCAGCUGAGCCAGCUUAAACCAGUAAUGUUAGGGGAAAUGCAGUUCUAUCAUCCAUUUAUUCAUCCUGUGCUCUUUUUUUGAGGUGGAGGCGAAGAGUUCGAUACAGCAAAACCUGUAAAAGGCCUAAGUCUGUGUUUUAACUAGCCACUGAACUGACACCAUACUACUUGUAUCUUUCCACAUAAAAUGGCUGCUUCAUACAA